CAAUGGAGAUUAUGGAAGAAGGUUUAGUUCCAUGGCUACUGUGGAGAAUCUGGAAGAACAGGAAUGAGCUUUUAUUUAGAAGCAAGGAUUACCAAGCGGUAGCCACGAUAGCAAAGGCACGAGAUGAUGCACAGGAAUGGAAUAGUCGAGUGAAGGUUGAAAAAGUGGUGGUGAAAAAUCCCAUAACAGAAGAGUAAACUGUACGCUGGGAUCCUCCCCCAACCUCACGCCUAAAAUGCAACACUGAUGGUUCAUGGAAACAGGAAGAUGGAGUAGGCGGUGGGGGAUGGAUCUUACGUGAUCAUGAGGGUAGAAUGUUAUGGGCAGGGGCAAAGAAACUUCUGGAAGUAGGGUCAGCGCUAGAAGCAGAGGCUGAAGCUCUGAGAUGGGCAGUGUCUUCAUUGAUUGGCUUUGGAUACAGGGACGUCAUUUUUGAAUCAGACUCUCAAGUGCUAGUGAAGAUGAUACAUGGUGUGGAGGAGACAUGGCCAAGAAUGAAGCCUAUCGUUCAAGAGAUUAGCAUCCUACUUUCGAAGUUAGCAGGUUCUGAAGUGAGGUUCUAUAACAGGAGAGGUAACGAAGUUGCAGAUAGGAUAGCGAAGGAGACUACUACGUUUACGUCCAUUGUCCCUAAGUUGUAUUCUAUUGUGCCUAAGUGGUUAGUUUCUUAUGUGGAGGCUGAGAAGCUUUUUGUAUGACAUUGAAUUGGCCAAUAUGAAGUAGUUGUUGAGUAAAAAAAAAAAAAAACAUAAGACCCAUCCCGUUCGCACCGGUUGGUGAAAAGCUUCACGUGUUCUACAUAAAAACCAUGAAGGAUUACGCUGUAUCGGUUCCUCUUCAGGAGGCAAUGAACACAAAUUGAGCCCGCCUGAAAAGGUUUUUGAGCUCAAAGGAUCCGAUCACGCACCGGUCUUCUCUCGGCCUCAGUCCUUGAACCGAUUCCUCAUCAAGAUAUCUCAUAUACCGUUCAAAAACUUAUCUUGAUAUGUUUGAGCCGUUGAUUGUUCUUUUGAAUCGGGUACAAAUUAAAACCAAACCGAGUUUUAGGAUCUCGUAACCCGGAGAUUGUUUUUUUGAGAGUUGGACAAGAGCAUAAUAUACCCCCAAAAUUGGGCCCCUAUUAUUAUUUUCUUAUGUUAUUUGGUCAUCUAUACUAUUAAAAAAUCCUCCUUAAUUUUUUUAGUUAUUUACAAAAGUCAAUUAGCUGAAUAUACCUAAUAUGAACCAAAAUUAAGAAACUACCCUAACACAUGUAAACUAACAUUUCUUGUAGCAAACUUAAGACAAUUUGACCAUUUUAUCCUUUGAUUGACCACGUGAGAGUAAGAAAGAGAAAGCAUUCGUCACCAUCUUCAUCAUUUAUCUUCUUCUUCAUAUUCAACAAUAUCAGUCUCUUUCAUUUUUCAUCGACAGUGACAACUUCUCUUCAAAUCCACAUCUCUCCAUAUCUUUUCUACAACUUACCAUUGUUGAUUUUGUUGCCGUCAUACGCACCUCCUUCUCAUCUCUUCGUUCUCGCCAUUGUCACAAAAAUUCAAUCGACACAAGAUGUGCUAUAUUCCAGUGAAUAAUUGACUAAAAAAUACGUGCCUCCCAAAAUCUCUCUAAGUUAUGGAACAAUGAUCCAAGUUCCCACAAAUUUGUUUUUUCCAGUUUAUGAGCUUCUCCAGUAGGUUUCCAGAAAACACAUGGUACAUUGAAGAAUUUGGGCAUAAAUUACUAGUAUGCUAACAAAAAUGUUAAAUGCUACACUAUAACAUAAAAUGUUAUAUGAAUUGGUAGUGGAUAAUUUGUCAUUAUGAAAGUAUGCUCCAAAUGAAUGUAUCAAUGUAUAUUAACAUACUACAUGUUUUGCAGCGAGUUAUAUUUACAUAGUAACCGUUAACAUAUUUUGUAAUAUCUAACAAAACAUGUUUCAGUUAAUAAAAGCUAUUUUUUUACAUUUUACCGACCAUUUCUUAAAGGGGUAACAUGUUUUGUAACAUCUAAUCAAAUAUGUAUCAGCUAAUGGUUUGUAACAUCCUAUCAAUUAUUUAUUAGUUAGCGGCACAUAUGGUUAGGUAACAAAUAACCAAAUUUGUAUCAUCACAAUACCUAGUUUGUAUCAACUAAACCAAUAUUUAUCGGUUAACACCAAUCUACUUUGUUAUAUAAAGUGGAUACAAUUACUCGUAACUAAAAUAUGUGAGAUUCAAGUUGUCAUCAUCAAGAAAAACCACAAGUCCACACGCUUUUACAAACUCAUGAGUCAAAGAUAUCUCUCUAGUACACACCAUAAAAUAUCUUUAAAUCUUUCAUAUUGUGUCGGGCUUCGAGCAAGCAACCCGUCGAAGCAGUUACGUAUACUAUCUUUUCGAGAGAGAAACACUAACUGGAGCCAUGGGCUGCGUUAAAUGAACAUAUCUAGCCGAAGAGAUUCACGGUGGUGGAAAGUUGACGACAAGCUUCAUGAAAAAAUUAAUCCUCGAUGCAACAGAGGACUGUCUCAGUCGAGAUGGUGUUGUUUCCAUUUUUGAUUUCAUAGAGUAGGUUUGGGAGAAGAAGAUGUCAACAGCAGAAGGGAGGGAUGAGAGAUUAAAACAGAGUUAUAGUUAAAGAAAGAGACAGAGAGAUGAAAAAGAUAUGUUCGGUGUGGCUGAGAAUUACCAAAGAACACGUGAGAGAGAGAAUGGAAAAUCUGGACGAGGGCAAAAUCGGAUUACUAAAUUGUGAACAGUGUACAAAACAAAGAGGUGGUAGAUAGCUAAUUACGGAUUUUUGUAGGUAUAGAGAACCUAAAUACUCUAUUUACAAUAGCAUACCAUUACUUUUUUAUUAUUUUUAAAUCAAUUCACCAGCCAUUUUCAACCAAUCGGAAAGAAGAUAUUUUUAAACCAACCACACUUCGGCACCAUUUACAUACGUAUUUUAGGCAACAAAAUCUAUAGAUUCCUUAUAUAUAAACAUACCAUCGAUUAUAUAUUAUAAAAAAGAAGAAGAUAUAUUGCCCACGCAUUAGUAAUUACAGAUGUUAUAUCUUCUCCAUCCCCACAUAAUUCUGUUUUUUUUUUGGCAAAACUGAUUUUAUAUUUUUUUCUGUAGGUAUAUUGACUAUGGUGUUUCCUCUUUUCUAUAUAUAUUUGUGAAAUAUUACCCAACAAAUUAAUAUAUUUUUACGUAAAUGGUUGUGGAGAAAUAUUACCCAUAUCUGGCAUAUCCUCUUUUAUAUUUAUUUUGACAUUUCAUGGAAUCCUAACAAAUAUUGACUUGACAAAAUUGAGAUUUCAUUUCUACAUAUGAUAUAAUAACUAUGAGUCGUCUAUGACCAUGAGAAUAAUAAAUAGUUAACUCGAUUGGAAAAUUUAUUAUUUGAUAUGUGAGUUAUUAUUUAUGGUUUUGUUGUAAAUAUCAUCAUUUCAAACUUGGUUACCAUAAAAUCGCAUUCUAAACAAUUUUUUUUAUAUUUAACAACUCAUUGUAUUUUUAUUUAAAAGUAUUGCAACUUAUCGUAUUCAAAACAAUUUUUCUUAUAAAAAAUGCGCUUUUAACAAAAUGAAACUAACUCAAAUAUUUUUUUUUAAUAAAACUCAGAUAUAUGAACUUAAAUAAGUUGUAAACUAUAAAUAAAUUGUAUUCAUAUAUUUCUAUAAAAAUAUAUAACUUUGUUUUAAUAAAUCAUGUAGAUCGGAAACCUAACUUUUUAAGCCUUUUAACUAGGUUCAAAACUUUUUUAAAACAUAUAACAUUAACAAUUAAUAAAUACUAGAUUUUGAUUCAAUCCAAAAAAUAAUCUCCCACAUAUUAAAAUAUUUUAAAUACAUAAUUUAAGUAUUUAAAAGAAUCAGUUAAGAUAUAUAAAAAAGAAAUUUUCUAGGAUAGUUUUUUUAGUUUAUUUUCACAAAAAUAGCCCUCAGUGAAGAAAUGCCUAAAGAAGUUUUAUUAAAGGGUACAAAUAAAUUGAUACUUUAAGGAUAACUAAUCUAGACUUAUGGUUUAAAAAUUAAAAUAUAAAUAUUAAAAGUUUCAAAAUGAAAAUGGCUAUUUUGGUCAUUUUAAGGCUAUUUUUAUGACAAAAAACUUAAAAAUAGCUAUUUAAGAGAAUUUCUUUAUAUAAAAUUUAGGCCAAUCAUGAUCUAAAUAUAUUUUUAAAUUAUACUUAAAAUUCCUAUGCUAUUCAAUUUUACUACUAUUAUGGCAAAUAUCAAUUUAUGCUGUUAUUUUCAUUAAACAAUGUUUAUCUUUACUUAGAAAAGUCUUAUAAAUAAAGAUCAAUAUGUCAUUAAAAAAUAAAGCUCGAUGUAUUAACUUGGAUGCAAAUAUAUAUAUAUUUACUUAGCAGAAUUAAAAUGUUAAAUUAAUUAAUAUUUAUAAUAUUUAGUUACAAAUCUUUUUAUAUAGUACGGACAAGAACUUCUUCCGAUACCAAAAUAUUAUCACCUAAAAUCAUGUAAAAAAAUUUAAAACUAACUUUGUAAGAAAUUACAUAAAUAUAUAAAUUCAUAAUGUCUAUUAAAUAAAAUAAAAAUAGUCUCGAACUUUGGUCAAAAUCUAGUUUAGUUUUAAUAUAGAAAAAAUAAUCUAUCUGAUAAUCUUCUAAUUUUAUUUUUGUCUUUUUUACCCCUCUCGUUCUGUUAUGUUUCUGUUCUUUUCCGUGUGUGAUUUGAGUGCUGAUCGGGCCUCCCACUAGAGAACAAGUGUUAUAGUAGUCACAAAACCAUAGCAUUCUCUAAUCUCUAUGAUAGCAAAUCAUUGAUGUAUCUAACCUCAAUAUCGAAAAACGUUUAGUGACAAUUGAUAUUGAAGAAGUUUACUAUAACAGUUGUAGAUAUCGUACUUGAAAAGCGUGGUCCUUGUCUGUUUUCAUCCUACUGUUAUGAUAAGCAAUCUUUUAAUACUUACCUCUACUCUAGUGUCUCUAAUUUGUUUUGGUUACAGUAAUAGAUAUCGUACUUGAAAAGCGUGGUCCUUGUUUAGAGUAAGAGUAAAGAUGAAGCGCAUCUUUCAUGUAAAUUUGAUCUUUCAUUUGAGAGAUUGGACAUGAGAAAGUUGAAUGAGAGUACUCCGCUGUAUAAGAGGGUACUUUCUGCCUUAAUUGAGGAAGACGAUGGAGAAGAAGUUGUACAAUUCAAUGGAGGGAAGAAUCUGUCCCUUCAUUACGCUAGUGAUGAUUCUCACAGUGGUUCAUGUACCUAUAUUGACACCGAGUUCAGAGAGAGACACAGAAUGGAAUUUGAAGUAGAGUCAAGCGGGGAUUUUCAGACCCCGAAGAGUUGUUUGUUUGACCGAUUUUCCAGUGAGAGGAGUGGUGUGUCUUAACCCUUUCAGAAAUGGUGGCAUGUCUGUAUCUGCGCAUAGCAAUGAACGGUGGUUGGAUGAUGAUCUUUCACAUUCGGAUGCGCCACUCGGUGGUGAGACAUUUUCGAAUGGCCUGGGUCAGUUGCAAGCUAGGGAAGUGAACAUUCCCAACUUCCCAGUAUCUGACACCCAGUAUCAGCUUAUGUCUUUGGACGAGCGACUUCUUCUGGAAUUACAGAGCAUUGGUGUGUUUCCUGAGGCAAUGCCUGAUCUGGCCGAAGAAACUAUGAGCACAGAUGUUAUGGAGUUGAAGGAAAGCAUUUAUCAGCAGAUCCGAAACAAGAAGGAAAAGCUCGAGAAGCUAAAUAUUACCAUCCAGAAGGGGAAAGAUGAUGAGAAAAGGAAAAUUGAGCAUCUUGCUAUGGACCACCUUGUGGAAACAGCACACAAGAAAAGAAUGGCAUCCCGGGGAAAUAAAGCAUAUAAAGUCCACAAGGUGACAAGACAAGCGGCGCUGGCGUUCACCCGGCGGACACUUGCCAGGUGUCAAAAGUUUGAUGAUACUGGUCUCAGCUGUUUUGCUGAUCCUGCACUUUGAGACAUCCUGUUUUCAUCUCCCAGCAACGAUGCAAAAUCAUCAGAAAAUGGCGGCUCUGGAACAGCCAGUAACACGCUCAAUGAACCUUCUAAUCACCAUGCUGAAGCCAAGGGUUCAGAUACGCAAAAUCUGAACUAUUUUGUUUACAAAGUUGAUCUUUACAAUAGUAUCUUCUGCCAUGGCAUGUAUGAAAACAUGGUAAGAUUAUCUUUAGAAUAAUGUGAAAGCAUGUAUUAGAGCGUCA